CUGUCCCUCGGUGGUUUCCGUAGCACGCAGUUCCACAACGUGCAGAGAAGUGAGACCUCCUGGUUUGAACAGUUAAAACUGCUGCUAGCGAGCACUCAGCAUACCAACGGUCAUGGCAGAAAAGCAAGAGAUGUCUCCAGUUGAGAUGAAAGUGGCACGACAAGUGGAGUACUACUUUGGCGAUCACAAUCUUCCAAGAGACAAGUUUCUCAAAGAGCAGCUGCAGCUCGAUGAUGGCUGGGUGACUUUGGAGACGAUGCUUAAAUUCAACAGAUUGAAGUCUUUGACUACAGACAGCGACGUCAUCGUUGCAGCGCUCCAGAAAUCAAAUUCUGGCCUCUUGGAGAUCAGUGAAGACAAGACGAAAAUCAGGAGGUCUCUGAACAAACCGCUACCCGAACAGAAUGACGAAUACAAGGACGCACUUAAACACAAAUCUGUGUACAUUAAAGGCUUUCCUCUGGAAACUACCCUCGAUGAGAUUCAGGAGUGGCUGAAUGGGAAAGGCAAAAUAGAAAACAUUCAGAUGAGGAGAAAUCUGCAAAGGCAGUUCAAGGGAUCUGUGUUUAUCUGUUUCGACACAGAAGAGUCAUCCAAGCAGUUCCUCGAGCGUUCAGACAUAAAAUCCUUCAAAGACAAUGACAUGCUCGUGUUAUCAAGGGAAGACUACCACACAAAGAAAGCAGAAGAGAGGAAACAGUUCAAAGCAGAGACGAAAGCAAAAGCCAGACAUGACAAGGAACAACAGCAGAAACAUGCAGAAGAGAAAGAAAUGGGUCUGCUUUUGGAUGAAAAAACGGGUUGCUUAUUGAAGUUUUCCGGAGAACUUGAAGAUGUUUCACGAGAGGACUUUCAUGAGCUGUUCUCUGGACACGGAAAGAUAAAGUGGGUGGACUUCACAAGAGGAGCCAAAGAGGGCACCCUUCUGUUUGACGGGAAUGCAAAGGAAGCGUUUGAGAAGGCCAAAGAAGCGUAUGGAGGGGAACUGAAAAUCAAGGACAGCAGUGUUACGUGGCAGGUGCUGGAAGGAGAUGAGGAGAAGGAGGAACUUAAGAAGAUAAUUGAAGCUCAGCAAGAAUCAUUCAGCAGGUCCAAAGGCAGAGGUGGAAGAGGAAGAUCAGGCGGCAGAGGAAGAGGAGGCCGAAGGGGAAGAGGCGGCAGAGAUCAUGGCAGAACUCAGUACCAAGGAAAGAAGACGAAGUUCGAUAGUGAUGAUGAGGAUGACGAACCUGCAGCAAAAGUUGCCAAAACUGAAAACGGAUCUUAGUUAUGAGGUCACAGCCACAAUUUCUGUUUAACAAAAACAUUUAUUACAAACGGUGAUAAAAACAGAGGCAACUUAAGUCCAUUCCAGUGAAAGCUUCAGGUUGUGGAGAAUCGUAAGAAGUCCACCUGGAUGUCAACCUAGAGAAAUAAUUGCAAAGCUUGAAGUCAGUUUGCAGACUUUAAAGUCCCUAUAUGUUGUGCCUCUCAUUUUUUUUGUGAACCUGCAUUUCUCUUCUUAAGAUCAUUUGAUUUUAACAUAACCGACAAACUUGCUUUUUGCCAGUAACUUAAUUUCACCUGAACAUUUUAGUUGAUUUUGUAAGACCUGUGUGACAUCUAGAAUCUGUGUGCCAUUGUUAUUUUCUUUGUAGAUUUCCUACUUGGAGUGAUGAGAAUAUCUGCUUUGCUCAUUUUUUAAGUUUGCAUAUGUGAAUAGCAAAUAAAACAUUUGUAAAAAUUCA